AAGACAUAUACAUAGGUAUACGGUAGAAGGAGGAUACGCUUUGGACGGUCUAUCCAAAGGCAGCCGGAGUGGGGCAUGUACUCUUAUAUAGGGACUGUUCGUGAGUUGAUCAGUCGAUCCGCGGGCUCAGAACCGAUAAACCGCUGAUAUCGUUGAUACUUCUGACUACUAUGGUCCAAUAAGAGGAAUUCAUAGCUUCUUUUAUUAAUUAAUUUUUUGGUGAUCGCAUUAACACUUCUUAAACUCGUUACCUCAAGUGACAACAAACUGCAGUUGCAGUGGAUUCAAUCAUGACUUCCAGUGUUAAACAAACAGUUAUAAAGAAUCCAACAUGGUGGAAGAGGAGAACUGGUAUGGAACGAGGAUUGACGCUGCUAUCCGUCGUCACGAUUGUAAUAUCCAUCUCGCUGGUCAUUGCAUUGGCGACAGUAUUAUACAAAAACAGGAUUAGCACUGAUGAAUCAGUUCGCAACGCUGAAGCUCUACUUGGCACCAGCAAUCCGUCGCCUCCAAACACAGUUGAUCAGACCAAGAAAGACUACGAUGACAUUUGCCUCACCCCAGGCUGCAUUCAUACAGCUUCCAAGGUUCUCGAAGCUAUGGACCAAUCCGUGGAUCCGUGCGAUGACUUCUAUCAAUUCGCAUGCGGUAGUUUUGUCAAGAAAACCAACAUUCCCGAUGACAAAUCUUCGGUGACCUCAUUCAGCGUUAUCAGCGACACUCUAUUGGAACAACUUCGUUCCAUGAUCGAGGAGCCCAUCCAACCGAAAGAAGCAAAACCUUUCCGUUUGACAAAGCUCAUCUACCAAUCCUGCAUGAACAAAACUAAGAUCGAAAAUGAGGGUCUUCAACCGAUCAAAGAGAUAUUCUCUAGCAUAGGCGGAUGGCCCGUCCUUGACGGCGACAACUGGAAAGACGAGGACUUCGAUUGGAAGCAAGCCGUGUAUAAUUUUAGGAAAGUGGGUUACAGCGUCGACUACUUUAUAGAUUUCUCGGUCGGAAUUGAUUUAAAAAAUUCCACCAAACGCAUCAUCGAUCUGGAUCAAUCCUCGUUGGGAUUAAGACGAGAAUUCCUUAUUAAAGGCAUGGAAGACAAACUGGUGCAAGCUUACUAUGAAUACAUGGUCGACAUCGCCGUUAUUUUUGGCGCUGACCGUUCUAGGGCUCAACAAGAACUCAAGGAAUCUUUAGAAUUCGAAAUGAAACUUGCCAAUAUUUCAUUGCCCAGCGAGAAACGCCGUAACGCAACUUCACUCUACAACCCAAUGACCGUCGGUCAAUUACAAAUCAAAUAUCCAAGCAUUCCUUGGUUGAAAUAUCUAAAUACACUCCUAUCAUUAGAUUUUGAAAUCGGAGCUGAUGAGAUCGUGAUUGUCAGUGUACCGCAAUUUAUCAGCGAUUUUGAAAAUCUAAUUGCUACAACACCUAAACGUACCCAAGCUAAUUAUUUGAUGUGGAGAGCGGCGGCUUCUUCUGCGAGUUACUUAACCGAAGAGCUGAAGAACAGGCAAUUGAAAUACAGCACCAUCCUGAGCGGUAAAACUGAACGCGCUCCCAGAUGGAAGGAAUGCAUCGAUGUUUCUGCUGGCAGUCUUUCGAUCGCAGCUGGCGCCUUGUAUGUCAAGAAAUACUUUAACGAAGACGCGAAGCGCAACGCCAUCGAAAUGGUGGCGGACAUUCGUUCCGAAUUUAAGGAGAUCGUAAAGCAAGUCGAUUGGAUGGACAAUGUUACCAGAAAAAGUGCUUUAGAAAAAGUGGAUUUGAUGGCAACCCAUAUCGCUUACCCAGACGAAUUACUCAAUACCACUAAGCUGGAAGAGUUUUACGAGUCUUUAGAAUUGGAGCCGAACAAUUACUUUAAGUCCAUAUUGAAUAUGACUUUAUUCGGCACACAUUAUUCAUUCAAUAGGCUCAGACAACCUGUCAAUAAAAGCGAAUGGAUCACUCAUGGAAGACCAGCAGUUGUAAACGCUUUCUAUUCAUCUAUUGAAAACAGCAUACAAUUUCCCGCUGGCAUUCUGCAAGGCGUGUUCUUCAAUAACGAUCGUCCUAAGUACAUGAACUACGGAGCUAUAGGUUUCGUUAUCGGUCAUGAAAUUACGCACGGAUUCGACGACCAGGGAAGGCAGUUCGAUAAGAAUGGAAAUUUGGUUGAUUGGUGGGAACAGGAAACAAGAGAAGCUUUCGUGAAGAAAGCACAAUGCAUUAUCGACCAGUACGGCAAUUACACUGUUCCUGAAAUUGGAUUGAACUUGAAUGGUAUUAACACACAAGGGGAAAAUAUCGCUGAUAACGGUGGUAUUAAAGAAGCUUACUUAGCGUAUAAUAAGUGGGUUGAAAAGCAUGGUCCAGAACCGAAACUACCUGGACUAAAAUAUAAUAGUCGCCAAUUAUUCUGGAUAUCGGCUGCCAAUGUCUGGUGUGCGAAGACGAGAUCGGAAGAACUGAGACAAGUGGUCGUUACUGACGAACACUCUCCAGAUAAAUACCGAGUCCUUGGAUCCUUUAGAAACAUGGAUUACUUUUCCAAAGAUUUCAGUUGUCCGGAAGGAUCUCGAAUGAAUCCGAAGACAAAAUGCAGAGUUUGGUAGUUUGGCAAUACGUAAAUGAAAACAGUAUUUAAAUUUUUAUUUAUAUUUUAUAUACAAGACUUAAUUAACGAAACAAAAAAAAAAGAAAUAUUAACUAAAAUUGUAAUGCAUUGACUUUCUUAAUAUAUUUGUCUGUAAAUAGUAAUAGUUGUUAAAUUAAAUGUUAGAUAGAAGACAACAAAUUCUCGAAUGUGCUGUCUUUGAAUCACAGUUACCAAGUGAAAAUGAAAUUAAAUUGACAUGUAAAUGUUAUGUAAUUGAAUAAACACAAAAUAUACAAGUA